AUGUCAACAACUAAUCCAACAAAUGAAACAACGGAAUGGGAUGAUUUACAAAGAAAAUUUGGUAAUUUACCACCAUUAGAAAAAGAAAUAAAAGAAGAAGAAAUUUAUUUACAAAAUAUUGACAAAAUUGAAAAUGAAAAUGUUUUAGAAAAGAAAAAUUUGAAGGAAUUAAAUUUAAUGGAAGAAAAUUGCGUAGAUGAAGAAUAUUUAAAAAUCAUUGAAAAAUAUAAAAAUGAUAGAAUAAACCAAAUAAAUAGAAAUAGAGCGUUAGAUAUUUAUGGAGAUAUUUACGAAAUAUCAAAAGAUAAUUUUAUCACUGAAAUUAAUGAAGCAAGUAAGAAAAAUCCAUUAAAUGAAUAUUUAGAAAAAUCUGUCGAUGAUAAAGAUGAAGAAGAAAUAAAAAGAAAACAUAAAAACAUAAAAGGAACUUACGUUGUUAUACAUUUGUAUUCAGAUAAUGUAGUAGCAUGUAAAGUUUUAAAUGAAAUUUUAAAACAUGUAGCCAAUAAGCAUAAAUACAUAAAAUUUACAAAAGGUGUAUAUAAUAGAAUUAUAGAAAAUUAUCCAGAAUUUAAAUUACCAACUAUUUUAAUUUAUUAUAAUGGUACUUGUAUUCAUCAAAUUUGUAAUUUAUUAAAUCAUAUAAAAGGAGGACUUAAUAAUUUAAAUAUAAAAUCAUUUGAACAAUUUUUAAACAAAUAUAAGAUUUUAAAAUAUAAGAAUUAUGUUGAUUCUGAUAUAAGUGAUAAUGAUAAUGAUGAAGACUAUAAAAAUAAAAAUAGAGUUAAAACAGAAAAGCAAUAUGCAUCAUUUAAUAUGUUUAAUACCAAAUAUAAAAAUAAUGAUGAUGAAGAUGAUGAAUCUUCAUCUGAAGAAAAAGAAAUGAGAUCAAGAGGAUAUGCUUCUUCUUACUUAGAUAGCAAAAUUAGACUAAAUAAAUUCUAA